CUACGUAGGAAGCAAUCAAAAUUCCCUCCCCCUCUCUCUAUAAAAAGAAAAGUCCAUUCCAGCAUGCGAACGGUGGCGAAGACCCAGUUGAUUCCAAGGACAUGCGCUGGACGUUUUUAGAAAUCUUUGGAAAUCGGAACACUGAGUAAAUGAAGAAGGAAGAACAGGGUCGGUCUCUGUUUGGAAUCUCACUCUCUGAUAAACCCGUAUGGCAACAAUUCCUCAUCUGCUCUUCUGGGUUUUUCUUCGGUUACCUUGCCAACGGCGUCUGUGAGGAAUAUGUGUACAAUAGGCUCGCAUUCAGCUACGGUUGGUACUUCACAUUUGUUCAAGGGUGGGUUUACAUUGUGUUGAUUUUAUUACAAGGCUUCACCCCCAAGCAAAUGGUGAACUCAUGGCUGUCUUAUUGGAAGCUCUCCGCAGUGCUUAUGGGUUCAAAUGGACUUACCAAGGGUUCAUUGGCUUAUCUGAAUUACCCGGCACAAAUUAUGUUCAAGUCCACCAAGGUGCUUCCUGUGAUGGUGAUGGGUGCUUUCAUACCAGGGUUGAGACGGAAAUACCCUCCUCAUGAUUAUGUAUCUGCUCUACUUUUAGUGGUGGGUUUGAUCCUUUUCACUCUAGCGGAUGCACAAACUUCACCAAAUUUUAGCUCGAUUGGCGUUUUUAUGGUGUCUGGUGCUCUACUCAUGGACGCCUUUUUAGGCAAUCUUCAAGAAGCAAUCUUCACCAUGAAUCCCGAAACAACUCAGAUGGAGAUGCUCUUUUGCUCGACCCUAGUUGGUAUGCCUUUCUUGAUUCCACCCAUGCUUGUGACUGGAGAGUUUUUCGAAGCAUGGGCUUCAUGUUCUCAGCAUCUGUAUGUAUAUGGUGUGUUGAUCUUCGAGGCAAUGGCUACAUUUGUUGGCCAAGUAUCUGUCCUUUCUCUCAUUGCCAUUUUUGGUGCGGCCACGACUACAAUGGUGACAACGGCAAGAAAGGCGAUAACACUACUGCUAUCCUACUUGAUUUUUACAAAGCCGUUAACCGAGCAACAUGUGACCGGACUUCUGCUAAUGUCAAUGGGGAUCCUAAUGAAGCUUUUACCUGAAAACAACAAACCCCCGCCCAAGAAGCCUGCGUAUGCCGACGAAAAUAGUACUCAAUUAGAAAUCGAAGUUGAAGAAGAAGAGAAGAAGCCAUUGGUCUAAAAAAGCUAUAUUAUGGCUUUCUUUAAAGAGGAAAUGAGGGUAUAAGAUGAUUUAUUGCAUUAUUCAUGUGGUCCUGGAUUUCCCAAAUUCUCAUUCAGGACUCUAUAAAAUAUCGCUUGUGUAUUAAAACAGGUUAUGGAUUGGCUUUUUUUGUGCAAUUGGAAGCCUAGAAUACAAUCA